CUGAUAAUGCUUGCUACCAUUAGACACCUUGUUAGCAGCAAAACAAAUCUCUACAUUUACAUUUAGUAAAACAAAGAGCACUUUGCUUUCCCUCAAAAUGUCGAAAAUUCAGCUGUUGCAAGUUUUUCUAAACGAGCGCUUAACAGCAGCGACUGUUGAGAUAUUUGGGGCAGUGGAAAAUACCAUAGCAGAGUACCAGGAAGAAAUAUCCCGUUCAAAGGAGGAGAUCGAACGUCUACGAAGGCUCCUGGAUUUGGCAUUCAAACCCGACAUAAAGUUACAUAUUGCAGACUCCCAGCAGCUCACUCUCCCUGUCCCUGAAGACGUUCCUCCUGAGCAGCAGGACUGGAGCCCCAGUCUGGGCCAGGGCAACCCAGAGCCCACACAGAUUAAAGAGGAACAGGAGGAGUUUAGGACCAGUCAUGAGGAAGAGCAGCUUGAAGGGCUGGAGUCUGAUAUCAAAGAGUUCAUAUUCACUCUCCCCUGUGUGAAAAGUGACUAUGAUCAAUACCCUCCCCAGCCCUCACAUCUUCCCCAAACCCAGACUGUGGAGAACAGAGAGAGGGACUCUCUACCCACUAAAACAACUAGAAACAUAAAAACAGAACCUGAUGGAGAGGGCUACAGUGUAUCAGAACCAACAAGUGAAUCUCAACCCCUCUCUUCAGAAAAUUCUGAUUGUUCUGCAGCUCAUAUUGGGAACAGUGAAAGUGACAAUGGGGUGGACAGUGGAGGACUAAUGUCAGGGUUACAGCCACACAAAUCAAAGAGAACAUGGACAAAGAAAGUACAAAGCUCUAAAACCAGGGAAGCCAGUGAGUUGAAAGUUCCAUUGAGGGCAGCUCACUCAGGGGAGAGACCACACAGGUGUCCUGUCUGCAGGAAAUGCUUUCUGAAAAGUAGCAUUUUAAAAGCACAUCAGAGAAUUCACACUGGGGAGAAACCAUAUUGCUGCAAUGUAUGUGGCAAAAGUUUCAGUCAGAAGGGAACCCUGACGGAACAUAUGAGAAUUCACACUGGGGAGAAACCAUAUCAGUGCAAAGAAUGUGGCAAAUGCUUCAGCCGAAUGAGAAACUUGGCAGGCCAUAUGAGGAUACACACUGGAGAGAAACCAUAUAAGUGCAGUGAUUGUGGCAAGUGCUUCAGUCAGAAGAUAUGCCUGAAAGAUCACAUGAUGACCCACACAGGGGAGAGAUCAAACCCCUGCAACAUAUCCAGAUCGCCGCAGCACGCCUGGUGUUCAACCUUCCCAAGUUCUCCCAUGUCACCCCGCUCCUCCGCACACUCCACUGGCUUCCAGUCGAAGCUCACGAUAAUGCAAUAA